AUGGUCGAAGAAACCAUGGAUAGAGCCGCUUUUCAAGUUAUUGUCCUGGGACCAACUGGCGGCCCAAAAGAGGACGCAGUUACCGGUCUUCUUGUUAGAUCUACUUCCAGAAAUUGGUCCAGGAGCUCGGUUGUUGCAGUCGAUGCUGGGACUCUUCUUGCAGGCAUAGUUCGUAUUCUGGACCAAACCCUUACUACUGAUAAAGACGGCAAAGCGGCCGUGGAAAAUGGGCCUUUUAUGGGCCUCCAGCCUCCACACAAAACAGCUCAGGCAAAUGCUGCAUACAUCUUUCGCGAGGUGAUUGCCUCGGUACUGAUUACGCACCCACAUCUAGAUCAUCUUUCUGGACUAGCCAUUAAUACGCCAAUUGUCGAGGCAAGCAACGGCCCAAAGACAGUUGCCGGUCUUCCGUCCGCUAUCUCAGCUAUGAAAAACCAUAUGUUUAACGACAUCAUCUGGCCUAACUUGUCUGAUGAGGAUGGCGGUGCUGGCUUGAUCACUUACCAGAGACUGGUUGAGGGUGGGAAUCCGAGAUUUGGACGAGGAGACAGCCGUGGUUAUGUACGCGCAUGUGAAGGCCUCUUCACCAAGUGUCUCAGUUCUGAUGGAAACAUCUAUUCUCCAGUACGUUCUCCACACCUCGCAUCAAACCUAGCAGCUACCCCUUCUAAAGACACUACCAAUUGGGGAGUUGUGGAAAGCUCGGCAUUUUUCAUUCAAGACGAACAUUCCGGAAAUGAAAUUAUCAUCUUUGGCGACAUUGAACCAGACUCGGUUUCCCUGGAACCUCGCAACAAGCGUGUGUGGGAGAUUGCGGCCCCGAAAAUUGCAUCUGGAUCGUUACGCGCCAUUUUUAUCGAAUGCUCCUACAAUGAUGCCAUCGACGAUGAGACUCUCUAUGGGCAUCUGUGUCCUAGGCAUCUUAUUGCGGAAUUGAAGGUCCUCGCAGCGAAAGUAGUAGAAGCAAGAAGUCUACCUCUAGAACAAGAGCAGCAACAACAUGAACAGCGGCGAAGAGGCCGAUCCAGCAAACGGAAGAGAAGAGACUCUGAUGCCCAGGUCAGUCCUCAUUCAAACCGCCAAUUCACGACACACCUUGCAAAACCGCAAGACUCUAUCGAACGAUCUACACAGACUCCGAAGGGGAACAAUCACAACUCCAAAGACGACGCAGUCAUGACCGACCAUCACAGUGGGCAAAUUCAAAUCGAGAAUAAUGCCAUUGAUGGCGAUGAGGUCAAUGAUAACGAUAACAAAGCCGAAGAAUCAGAUUGUUUUCAAACGGAGAGCGACAUGCAGUGGACAGGCCCGCCGCCAUUGGCAGGAUUCAAAGUGUACAUCAUCCACAUCAAAGACACACUGGCCGAUGGACCCCAUCCUAGCGAGCGGAUUCUGGAAGAAUUACGCUCUCAAAGUGACGAUGUAGGUCUAGGCUGUGAGUUUCAUGUUCCAUAUCAAGGGGAGGGGAUAUUCAUUUGA